CAGUUCCGAAACCUGAAGGGCCUUGGGAGUUCCACAUGGGUUACUUGGCAGUUCUUGGUCAAGAGCGAUUUCCCACGGCUAGAAUCCAGUGAUUUCGUGGUGUUUUCCGUAAUAGUGGACCGACAUGGCAGGAGUGGAUGAAGAGGUGGGCUGCAAGUGGAGAUCGUCGUUCACACAUGGUGCUAGGAAUGGCAACGAGUCGUCCAGGAUUUUCUUCAGGAGUGUCAGGACCUUUCUGCAGUUCGUUAUGGGUACCUUGCAUGUUCUAGUCCGGGCAUAUCUGAUGGCCAUCGUCAUCCGCAGCUCCCCAUGGCCGAGAAAAAGCCGCAUUCUGUGACUAACAUUAAUCAUUGCAGCCCCGGCAAAGCCCCAAUUUGCAGGUAAACUAUCCCCCUUU